UUUUUCAUCUCUCUGUCUUUGGGGAGAGAAAGAGGGGGGAGUGUGCUGUUUCUUUCUCCCUGCCCCAGACCCUCCUCCUCCUCUGAUAGCCCGUCCAUCUCAGAGUAUCGGCGGUGAGUUUUAUGGGGAGAGUGGCCGCUCCCUGCAGUGGCCCCGGCAGGAUCGUGUCCUUUCUCACCGCAGUUCCGUGCUUAUCCUGCAAACAGCGGCGGCGGCGGCGACAUCAUCAGUCUGUGGCAGUGGACCGGGGCAGGAGGAGCAUGAGCGAGCAGGGCAAGAGUGCCGCGUCCACGCCAGCGAGCGGGACACCAGCCCCGGGCUCGGACACCUACAAAGGCUGGCUCUUUAAAUGGACUAACUACAUCAAAGGUUACCAGCGCAGAUGGUUCGUGCUCAGCAACGGGCUGCUGUCCUAUUACAGGACGCAGGCAGAGAUGGCCCAUACGUGCCGCGGCACCAUCAACCUGGCCACGGCGCACAUCGACACCGAAGACGCCUGCAAUAUUGUUCUGAGCAGUGGGGGGCGCACGUACCAUCUGAAAGCCAGCACAGAGGUGGAGAGGCAGAGAUGGGUCACAGCACUGGAGCUAGCCAAGGCCAAAGCCAUCCGAAUGAUGAAUGAUCAGUCCGAUGACUCUGCGGACGAGGAGCCCACCUCUCAGUCAGACCAAAGUGAGAUCCAGGGCACUCUCAAGACUCUGGCCAGUAAGUUGGAUGACUUGAGCACGUGCAAUGACCUGAUAGCCAAGCACGGAGCGGCGCUGCAGCGGUCUCUGAGUGAGCUCGAGACCUUACGUGUGCCUCUGGAGGGAGGAGAGAAAAUCAAGGCUGUCAACGAGAGAGCCACCCUCUUUCGCAUCACCUCCAAUGCUAUGAUCAAUGCGUGUCGAGAUUUCUUGGACCUGGCAGAGAGCCACAGCCGCAGAUGGCAGCGAGUACUUCAGCAUGAGCGAGAGCAGCGCACACACCUGGAGGAGACCAUUGAGCAACUAGCCAAGCAGCACAACAGCCUGGAACGAGCCUGGAGAGAGGCCCCCACGCACGCUGUCAACACGCCCGAUACGCCCACCACCGACACGGGGAAAGAGCUGCAGCCUCACAGGAAGAGGCGGACCCAGAUCCCAGAGAAGCCCAACUAUUCACUCAAUCUGUGGAGCAUCAUGAAGAAUUGCAUUGGCAAAGAACUCUCAAAGAUCCCAAUGCCUGUGAACUUCAACGAGCCCCUGUCCAUGCUGCAGCGCUUGACGGAGGAUUUGGAGUACCACGAGCUGCUGGAUAAGGCGGCGCGCUGUGAGAACUCUCUGGAGCAGAUGUGUCUAGUCGCAGCCUUCUCCGUCUCCUCAUACUCUACCACAGUGCACCGGACGGCCAAACCCUUCAACCCUCUCCUGGGAGAGACCUACGAACUGGACCGCCUGGAAGAAUUCGGCUAUCGUUCCCUCUGUGAACAGGUCAGUCAUCAUCCGCCGGCAGCCGCUCAUCAUGUGAUGUCACAGCGAGGCUGGACCCUGUGGCAGGAAAUCACCAUCGCUAGCAAGUUCCGUGGCAAAUACCUCUCCAUCAUGCCUCUGGGUGCGAUCCACCUACAGUUUCAUGCGAGUGGAAACCACUAUGUGUGGCGUAAAGUCACGUCCACCGUGCACAACAUCAUUGUGGGCAAACUGUGGAUUGAUCAGUCUGGAGAUAUAGACAUAGUCAACCACAGGACCAAAGAGACCUGUCAGCUCAAGUUCUCUCCGUUACAGUUACUUUUCAAGGGAGGUCCCACGAAAGUUCAACCCCAGAGCUUGUUUACCCUUGUUCUCCUUGUUCUUUCCCACUGUAAGGUCACAGGGGUGGUGAAGGACAGUGAAGGCCAGGCCCACUACAUCCUGUCAGGUACAUGGAUCAAGAUGGAGAGUGCCAAGAUCGUGCAGAGUAGCAGAGGAAGCAGCAUCUCUGAGGGCAAACAGAAGACUGUCUAUCAGACGCUCACACCCAAACUGCUAUGGAAGAAAAAAUACCCUCUACCGCGGUGUCGAGAUUUCUUGGCACCUGGGAGAGAGCCACAGGCCGCAGAGGGCAGCGGAGUACUUCAGCAUGAGCGAGAGCAGCGCACACACACUGGAGGAGACCUUGAGCAACUAGCCAAGCAGCACAACAGCCUGGAACGAGCCUGGAGAGAGGCCCCCACGCACGCUGUCAACACGCCCGAUACGCCCACCACCGACACGGGAGUGAGUGAAAGGCCCAGGAAAGAGGAAGCGAGUGAUGAAGAUGAGGAUACAGAGUAUUUUGAUGCCAUGGAAGACUCACGGGCUUUUAUAACAGUGACUGCCACGGACCCCUCUCACCACAGACGUUCUCAGAGUAAUCUCAGUGGAGCUAGUGGAGGACAGCCCAGUGACUGGAACCAGGAAGACAAUUGUUCUGUGAGCAGUAAUGAUUUUUCAGGGAAAGAGCUGCAGCCUCACAGGAAGAGGCGGACCCAGAUCCCAGAGAAGCCCAACUAUUCACUCAAUCUGUGGAGCAUCAUGAAGAAUUGCAUUGGCAAAGAACUCUCAAAGAUCCCAAUGCCUGUGAACUUCAACGAGCCCCUGUCCAUGCUGCAGCGCUUGACGGAGGAUUUGGAGUACCACGAGCUGCUGGAUAAGGCCGCGCGCUGUGAGAACUCUCUGGAGCAGAUGUGUCUAGUCGCAGCCUUCUCCGUCUCCUCAUACUCUACCACAGUGCACCGGACGGCCAAACCCUUCAACCCUCUCCUGGGAGAGACCUACGAACUGGACCGCCUGGAAGAAUUCGGCUAUCGUUCCCUCUGUGAACAGGUCAGUCAUCAUCCGCCGGCAGCCGCUCAUCAUGUGAUGUCACAGCGAGGCUGGACCCUGUGGCAGGAAAUCACCAUCGCUAGCAAGUUCCGUGGCAAAUACCUCUCCAUCAUGCCUCUGGGUGCGAUCCACCUACAGUUUCAUGCGAGUGGAAACCACUAUGUGUGGCGUAAAGUCACGUCCACCGUGCACAACAUCAUUGUGGGCAAACUGUGGAUUGAUCAGUCUGGAGAUAUAGACAUAGUCAACCACAGGACCAAAGAGACCUGUCAGCUCAAGUUCUCUCCGUACAGUUACUUUUCAAGGGAGGUCCCACGAAAGGUCACAGGGGUGGUGAAGGACAGUGAAGGCCAGGCCCACUACAUCCUGUCAGGUACAUGGGAUGACAAGAUGGAGAGUGCCAAGAUCGUGCAGAGUAGCAGAGGAAGCAGCAGCUCUGAGGGCAAACAGAAGACUGUCUAUCAGACGCUCACACCCAAACUGCUAUGGAAGAAAUACCCUCUACCAGAGAAUGCAGAGAACAUGUACUGUUUCUCCUCUCUGGCUUUGACCCUGAAUGAGGAAGAGGAGGGUGUGUGUUGGACGGACAGCAGGCUGAGGCCGGACCAGCGGCUGAUGGAAGCGGGACGCUGGGACGAGGCCAACGUAGAGAAGCAGAGGCUGGAGGAAAAACAGAGAGCCACGAGGAGGAGGAGAGAAGCUGAGGCCUCAAAGGCCAUCGAUGAGGGACAGGACUUUGAAGGCUACAUACCGCUGUGGUUCCACCAGAGGACGGAUGAACUGACGGGAGAGACUAUUUACGUUUAUAAGGGGGGUUACUGGGAGGCCAAAGAAAGACAAGAGUGGAGUACGAGUCCGGAUAUCUUCUGAACACGCAAAACAAUUGACUAACUCUGCAGACAGACAAAGACAAAAGAGGAAUAAACCCUCUACAUGGACUCAACAGGGCCUUGUGAGUGUGUGUGUGUGUGUGUGUGUGUGUGUGUGUUUGCAGCCCAAUGACAUAUCUUUGCCCAACUCUUAAACAGACUACUAAAAUGGGAGAACAGAAGAAUGUUCUCUCUGAAGUUCACCUCAAAGACGAGUGUGUGAGAGAAAUGCGCAGUUGAACUCUUAGCCAAGUGCCGCCCCAGUUUAUCUUCCAAAGCAAAUCAGGUUCUUUUUAUUGGAGUACAACCCCAUCACAAAUGCACUUUGCUCUCUUCCCAGCAGUGAAGUACACUGGACUGAGUCUUGUUUAUAAAGAGAUCAUAUCAAAGAUGCUCCUCCCCGUCCCAUGCUGGCCUGGACAGCACAUGAAGAAACUCACAUAUGAAGGAGAGACUCACUCGACUUAACACAACACAGAAUUGUCUGAUUGUUCAGCUUGUGUACUACUUUUAGUUUCAUAUCAACAACAGUACCAUAUUUAGGCAAGGGAAGUUCUUGCAUUUGUAUAUCCCAGGAGCACAAUCAGGCUCUUUUAUUGGACACACAGCUGAAGACUUUCUCACUGGCUCCGCCCACUUUGCAUAGCAAAUGACAGUAAAGUUACAUCUCAUGACUUCAGUUAACCAAUGAGCUUCAGGCAAGCAUUAAAAGAGCCCUUGUGUCUGUUGUAUUGGACAGUGCAGGUGUUUGGACACAAAUGUUUUACUCCCAUGAAUUGUCAUGCACAUUAAUUAGCUGCUUCAUGCAUUGGCUCUGUGGAGCCCCCAGUGGUCAUUAUCUUGAUACUGUGACUGCCACAGUACAAUGCAUAUCAAUGCAAUUAAACAAAAAAAAAAACAACUUUUUUGUACAAUCAGGAUACUUAAUUAAUGAAUGAAUGAAUGAACGAUCAACUAAUAAAAGUAAACAAGUCACCUGCUUUACUCACUCAGAGGACAUAGCAAACAAUCAAAAUACAAAGUGUGAUACUGAUAACACAAGCAAACAGCUUGCUGACCUUGUUUUGUGUUCAAAGCAUGCUUGUAUUUAUUAGCAGUAGAGAACGUGGUUUAAAACACCCAAGAUUAAGGGGAUUGCUGUAGUUCACAUUACAUUAUGGUGAUAGAGAAGUACAUUGUAGUACAUUUUUUUUAAACUGGUCAUUUCAGUACUUUGUGACAGAAAGACAGAUUUUAAAUUUCUUCUUAAAGGGAUACUCCUUGAUGAAAAUGUUGUCAUUAAUCACUUACCCCUAUGUUGUUC